AGAGCUCCUGCUCACACCGUGUUCAACCGCAGACCACCAACAACUAGACCUGCUCAAGUAAUCAUGGCCAAGCGUGUUGCAGUUAUUCUGGCAGGCUGUGGAGUCUACGAUGGCACAGAGAUCCACGAGGCUUCAGCCAUCCUCGUCCAUCUGAGUCGAGCUGGAGCAAAAGUGCAGAUGUUUGCUCCAGAUGCAGAUCAGAUGCAUGUUGUGAACCACUGUGAGGGGAAACCCACUGAGGAGAAGAGGAACAUCCUGCAGGAAAGUGCCCGAAUCGCCAGAGGUGACGUGACAGAUCUGGCCAAGUUAGACGUCUCAGCCUUCGAUGCUGCCAUCUUACCAGGUGGGUUUGGCGUGGCUAAGAACCUUAGUGACUGGGCUGUGAAGAGCACGGACUGCACCGUCCUGCCACAUCUAGAGAAGACCAUCAAGGCAUUCCACAAAGCUGGAAAACCUCUGGGCAUGUGCUGCAUCUCCCCAGUGCUGGCUGCAAAGAUGCUGCCUGGCUGUGAGCUCACUGUGGGGCAGGACAAAGAGAGUGACAAGUGGCCGUACGCUCAGACAGCCGGCGCUGUGAAGAAGAUGGGCUGCAAACAUGUGAACAAAGACGUGGAGGAAGCUCACGUUGAUGUCAAAAAUAAGCUGGUGACCACCUGCGCCUUCAUGUGCAACGCUCCCAUUCACAAAGUGUUCGAUGGAAUUGGUGUCAUGGUUAAAGAGACUCUCAAACUGGC